GGUGUUUUGAACUGCCUGGAGACUUUAGCUUUGCGUGUCAAAUGAGGAAAUUUCUUUGGUUUCAACUUGCAUGAAUGCUUUUGAAUGUCUUUUGUUUACCUGGUCAGAAUGGCUAGGCCUUGUUUUGAUCUAUUUCACGAUGAAGAGAAGAGAAAUACUCUAGCUUACACCACAACAUGAAACAACCUAAGCAAUAUUGAUGUAUCUUGGACUUGCAAAUAUAAAAGAAUUGUGAUUUUUCCUAUUCGGUUUGAGUCAAAAUAUAUUACAGACAGCACGGUCCAAAAGUCUUGACAUUAUGCUAACAAUUGAUCACCAUUCAUUCGUUACAGUAUACACCAGAAAACUUUUGCAAAGAUGAUAUUUUCAAUUGUAUUUAAACUCGUGAUUUUUUCAGCCCUUUCAACCGCUGAACUUUUGUUCCAAAACUCAUCAAGCAGCCUUAUUUCUAGCACCAAGCCAGCGACUGUCGAACCCAGCGCACUUGCAAUUUCAGUCAAUUCGCAAAACGAGGUUCAAAUUGACAUUCCUACUUCUUACAAUCCAUUGCAGUAUGCGACAAUUCUGCAAGAUCAGCUCGCCUCAUCUUUCGUCUGGAACGAAGCUGGCAGCUCUUUUUUUCAAUGUUCAUCAGAUUCCUCUUGCACUGAAUUUGAAAGAUCAAAAGUAGAUUAUUCCAGAGAAACCACAUUUCAAGUCGAUUCUACUCUCAAUGCUAGCCCAGAUCCUGGAAAAUUUGUAAGAUUCAUUUCCCCAUCAAUCUCAUACCCGAGUAAUGGCAUCUUUCCUGUCACUUUUGAUGUUAUCCUCAUGACAGACGACGGCAUGAAGAUUUUCACUCUCCAGGCUACCAUUUACCAAAUGUCAACUACUUCGUCAGAUCAGUAUACAUGGAUCCCAACAACAAUCUGCCAAUAUGAUCAUUGUGUAACUACCAGUGUUCCGGAAAUCAAAGAAACACAGACUACUGUUAUUGAUGGACUCACUACCACCUACGAGACUUAUACCCCUGUUUCUAUCGCUACAAAAUCAGUACAGUUAUACUUGACCACAACAGUGCUUGUGACUAGUGGAAGUUCAAUUACAAUCGUAACAUACUGCCCUUUGACUGAUGAUACUUUGACUACAUCUUCUUCCCCACUUUCUUCUACCUCCUCUAUUCCACCAACCCCAUCAGCGCCUUCUUCUAUCCAUUUGACUACGUCAUUUUCUACCUUGAAAUAUUCCUCAACUCCCUCUUCUUCAUCCCAUUUGUUGUCUGAAUCAUCGCCAGUUGCGGUAGUAUCAUCUUCAUCAUUAGCAGACUUAUCUUCUACAAAGCUUUCUACCUCUUCAAUAUACCCAUCAUCUUCCUUAUUAUCAACAGCAUCUUCGCAAAAAUUUCUGUCAUCUAUGUCUACUUCAAUAACAGUCUCGUCAACUCUUAUCCCAUCAAAACCAUCCUUGCCAACUUCCUACAAGUCUUCAGUAUUACAUUCUUCACUUUCAUCUUUAUCAACCUCAUUGUCCUCCAGUAUGAUAUCUUCAGUACCAUCGUCACUUCAAUCCUUUACAUUUUCAUCUUCAUCAAAGUCGAGCAAUUCGCUAACUCCCUCGACAUUUCCAUCCCUUAUUUCGUUAUCAUCGUCAUCUAUCCAAAAAAUGGGUUCUUUAUCCUCCACCUUGCAGACCUCCUCUGACACUACUCUACCAAGUAAAAGUUGCUCUUCUUAUUCAACCAUUACCAUUACUUCAACCACAACAGAAUGCAGAGCAGGAUCUUGUGCCACAUCCACUCUAAUCAAUACAGUUGCAUACUGCCCAACUACAUCUUCUUUUGUCUCUCGUUUUUCGGAUUCAUCCAGUUACUCAACAUCAACAACAUUGGCACCAUCAACAUUCAUUACUGACUGCUUGGGCUCUUCUCGUAAAGUCUUGUGCGAUGUCGGAGUCACCACUUUUCUUCUUGGAGAGACUAAUGUAGUGCUUCCCACUACUUCAUGCCAAAUACCUCAUAGUGUGACAGGCUCAUAUACCAACAUUGAAAAUUUGUACACUUAUUCUAACGGUAUUACGACCACAGUACUAAACUUUCCAAAACUCAUUUUUCCAAGUGUUGUUUGUCCAGUUUCGAGAUUUGUUUCAUCAGUUCCUUCUACAGCCUCAUCAGCAAUCACAAUUCCAUCAUUAGUUCCAUCAUCAUCUACCAAAACCUUCGUUGUUACAACUACAUCUUGUAAUUCUUUUACAUGUGAUACUUCAGUCAUUACUAAGACCACAACAUACUGUCCUUUGAGUUCAUUAUUAACUUCUGUGUCUUCUAAAACAUCUAGUACUGUGUCUAGUUUAUUUUCGGAGACUAUUUCUAGCGUACAUGCUGUUCCUAGUUCUGAUAUUUCAUCUGCGUACUAUUCCAUUACAUCAUCUUCUUCCAAUCCAUCUGCUUCAGCAACAUCUUUUCCAACAGCAUCCAUUACGUCUAAUAGAUCCAUUGAAUCAACAAAAACUAAGGACACUUCAACAUCAUCAUCUUCCGCGUCUUCUCUUACUACCGAAGUGACAACAGUUACAACAACUUCUUGUAACAGCGAAAGUUGUACCGAGUCAGUCAUCACAAAGACCACUACUUACUGCCCAUUGACUGAUUCAUCUACGUCCUUUACAUCAAAAACGUCAGCAACUACUAUGUCUAAUCCUACUUUAUCUACUUCUGCAUCAGACUCCACAUCUAAGCUGGUAUCCAACUCUGCAACUUCUUUGCUCAGUUCCACUCUAGUGACCCCAAGUACAUCAGUUACUACUGUUUCAGUUUCUUCUGCACCAUCUGAUACAUCAUUUGCAUCAAAUCCUUCAGUCUUCACAACAUCACCUAUAGUUACAACGUUACCCUCUUCAAUCACUGGCCCAACAUCCUCUACUUCUUCAUCACUCACUACCCAAGUAACAACUUUUACUACAACAUCUUGCGACUUUGGUACUUGUAGUACCUCAAUUGUUACUAUAACAACAACGUAUUGUCCAUUAACUUCUUUGUCAACCACCAGUGCAACCACCAGUGCAACCACCAGUGCAACCACCAGUGCAACCACCAGUGCAACCACCAGUGCAACCAUUAAUUCAGCCACCACACCAGCAUCAUCUUUUUCAUCCACAUUGACGACAAUUUCGUCUUCCGAGAUCUCUCAAGACAGCACUCACUCUACACCAUCUUUUAGUAGCUCCACUACGUUAGUAGUUACACCAUCUGCCUCUUCUCUUGAACCAACCUCAUUUACUGAAACGUCCUUAUCCAGUUCCUCAUCUUCUUUUACAACUGAAAUAAAAACUCUUACGACAACCACCUGUAGUUCUGGAAAUUGUUAUACCUCACUCACUACUGUCACAACUACCUACUGUCCCUUGAGCCCUGUUUCUACUACUCUAUCAUCCAGUGAAUUCUUUGUCUUGACUACCUCUUCUGUUGAUUCAAAUACUAUUUUUUCAACUGCUAUCACCACCGCUUCACCAUCGUCACUACCAUCUUCUACUACAGAUGUUAUCACAUCAACAAUAACCUCAUGUAACAAAGAAAGUUGCUCUUCUUUGAUAGUCACUCUAACAACCACAUACUGUCCGUUAUCCAGCCAAGGUAAUCCGACAGAAACAACCGAAUAUGAGCUGAGCUCACAAGGCGUUUCUUUGUCUUCAUCUGGAAUACAGUCUACUUCAGAAACCGAGACUACAUUACCAUCAUCAACGGUCUCAAAGUCGACAGAUUAUGCCAGUAGUACUAUUGUUGUUUCAAUUAAAUGCACAAAAGACGUUUGUAGUGCUGUUACUCAAACAACAGGAAUUACCACCGUCACAACUGUGCAAUCAGGAAUCUCCACAGUGUUUACAACUUUCUGUCCACUAUCUUCUACAGUCUCAACUUUGAGUACAAGCCCAAGUCCAAGCUCCGAAUCAAGCUCUGCAGUUCUCAAUACACAGACCACACAAAACUCUGGAACUUCGACAACGACAAUACAGCUGACGACGCUUAUUACAAAAUCAUGUAGUGAUUCCACAUGUACUACGUUUGAAGUCAUCUCAACAGCGACAAACAAUAAAACCCUUCCAUCUUCGGUUUCUGUACCUACGAAUGUUACGGCCCCUGUUGUUUCCUCAGCUGCUACCGCUGCUCCAUUUGAAAAUAGAGCCAUCCGACUCGGGUCUGUACAUGGUGGUGGAAUUAUGGCUACAGUAAUCUCGCUUGGCAUGAUUCUUUUGUAAAAUUUUCUAGAAAAUGUCAACCCCACUACUACGUUUCUUUAUCCUUCUCAUUAUGUUGACCUUUCUGCCUACGUUGAAAUAUGUAUAAAUUUUUAAAAACGUGUACUAGCACGCAUAAUUUUUUCCAGUUCAAUUCAAAUCUAUAGUUUCUUGAU